AUGCCUAUGUUCAUUCCAGCAAUCAUGAGUCGCCGCCUUCCGGAUGUACAGUUUGCAUCAAACGAUAAAGUUGAAUCAACCCAAGAAGACGAACCUUCUCCAAAAGAAGAAUCAACUCAGUUGGAGGCCUCUUCAAGUGCUGUUGGGAUUCCGCGAAAUGCCGUAGAGUGGCAAAUGCCUUCCGACCUUCCGUUGUUUCCUAAAAUCGAAGCUGACCGGCGGGAAGAAAUCCGAGAAGAGUACGAGGAGAGACGUGCGCGGGCGCAGGCGGAGUUCAAGAGGAAUGCGGCUGCAAAGUUGCAGGAAUCGGCGAAACCGCGAAAUCCUCGCAGCGUUGAGUCAAACGUUGCAACGCCAUCGACCCCCAGUCGAGCCGGCAGUAGGUCAGCUACCCCGGUAGCUGCUGCGCAAGUUGCUAAUCGUCGAUCCUUGCUGGAUUCUUUCAAGGCAAAGGUGCGCCGCUCAGCGCUGUUUGGCGUCGCGAUCGCUAAAAGAGUAGGCGCCGCCUUUAAGCGAGACCGGAGGAACUCUGGAAAUCGAAGAUCGAAUGGAUCCCGUUCGACUACCGGAACGCCUCGAUAA